AAAGAAAUAAAAGCGAAGAAGUUGAAAACAGAAAACGACGAAAUUAAAAAGAAUGUGAAAAACUUGGCGAAUGAUAAAAACCAACUUUCUUCUGAAAAGAAGAAGCUUCAAGACGAAUAUGACCAACUCAAUAACUUGGUCUCAGCACAUGAAGAGGAGACAAAUAAUCUGAAUGGUUCGAUCAAAAAGUUACAAAGAGACUUAGAAGCAAACAACACCGAGUUGACUGAAUUAAGAGACAAAACAACUAAAGACAAGAAGAAAAUAGCCAAUUUGGAACAAAAAGUGCAAGACCUUGAAGAUAGACCAAGAGACAACCAAAUAGUUGAUUUGGAGAAGGCAGUUGCUGCUUUGAAAGAUCAGAACACACAACUUGAUGCUGCUAAGAAUUAUAUGAAGAAGCAAUCAGUUGAAGACGCUUCGAAGAUUGAGAAUUAUGAAUCACAGAUUAAGGCACUUGAAGCACAAAAGAAGAUGGCUUUGGACAACAAAACUGAUGAUGAGAAGAUUGCUGCGGACCAAUCUGAUAGAAGAAAGAAGAUGGAAGACCAAGUCAAAGCACUCAAUGCAUAA